AUGGAGCCAUGUCCAGGGGAAUCCAACAAAAUGGCCGGCGGCACAACACUAGUCGUCAUCGUGGCGGUGGCGGUGCUGGGCGUGGAGCCGGUGGCGGCGGGGGUGGCGCCGACGCGGUGGGGCGUGCCGCCGGGGCAGGCGUUGGACACGUACGAGGUGCGGAUGGUGAACCGGAUGGGGAGGGACAUGGAGUUCGAGUGCGACGGCUGGCCCCACGACUUCACGCUCAAGGCCAACGGCGGCGACAUGAACGUCACCUACGAGACCGCCUUCGACCGCCCCGGCUACAACUUCCUCAACCCCAGGGUCGCCUGCCUCUGGUCGUACGCCGGGAACUACAUGAGCAGCGUGAUGAUCUGGGACGAGGAGAAUUGGCCGGAGAAGAAGGCGUGCCUGACGGGGCCCGGCGGGGGGUGCCUGCUGCUGUUCGAGAACAAGGAGGAGGUGGUGGUGACGCCGGCGGGGGCGAGGAGGGUGCUGGGCGACCUCGCCGUCAAGGAGUGCAGCACCCACUGGUACGGGAAGCUGCUGCCGUGGGGCGCCGGCUGCUCCUACCCCAAGCACGACCACGCCUACGCCGGCACCGUCCACUCCACCUGGUCCGCCGCGGCCAUGGGCAGCAUGAUCGGCCAUUGAUUCAGAUGAUCGAUCGAUCCAUCCCCUCGUCGUCGCCGCCGCGCCGUCCGUCGGUCACAAUUAAUAUUCGCAAAAUAACACCGUUGAUGAUAUAUACAUAUAUAUACUUGAACUGAAGAAUAAAUUUCAUGGAACCCUAGCUAGGUAUAAUGGUUUCGUAUUAAUUGGUUGCGCAAAAUGGAGGGAUUUUGGUACGUGCUGCAUGUAUACAUAGCCUCAACUACUAAGUUGUAGAGUUUCACAAAGUAAUCUCUG